AGUGAAUACAACUGUAUUUCCUCAUUUACUUCCUUAAUAUAUAUGAUUUUAGUUAGAUUACACAGGAAGUUAUGAAACAAAUAUAAUCAUACGUUUGAUGAAGCAACUCUUAAGACAUUAUGAAGCUUACACUUCUUACGAUUUUACCACUGGUGUUAGCAAAUACAACCUGCAACAAGUACUGUAAAUGUAGUGUGGAACGAGGACAAAAAAGCAAAAUAUACGUUGGAAUAUGCGAUGGAAGUUCAACACGAAAUUUAACAUACAUUCCAGAAUUCCCAGAUGGAACAAGGAAAGUCGUAUUUAUUAACAACGACUUACAGAUACUAUCUAAAGAGUCAUUAGACAAUAUAUCCUCGACGCAUUCCCAUGUAACUGACUUGAACUUAAAAUACAACAAAAUAAAAUUCAUUCACAACAAUACCUUCAGUGAUAUGAUUUGGUUAUGUAAAUUAGACAUUUCUGGUAAUAAUCAACUUAAAAGUAGUGAUCUAGCUUACAGCUUUUACAGCUUACCAAAACGUUACAUUAAUACAUUGGUAUUAAAAAGCAUGAAACUCAAACCCUUUGACGGCAUGUUUGGUGGACUUAAAGGGUGCAAGAUUCAGAAAAUUGUCAUGACCAACAAUAAUAUUGAAACAUUCAAUGGAACAUGGUUUGCACAGUUAAAAGAGUUUAUCAGUCUAGACAUAAAUUGGAAUAGAAUAUCAAGUCGAAAUUUGAAUCUAAAAGGACUCUCUACCUUAACUUGGUUACAUCUGGGCGACAACCCGUUAUCUGAAAUCCCGGCGUUUUGUGAUGACGGACUUUUUAAGUUGAAGACAUUACAUCUUUCAUAUACACAGCUGCGGUCAUUUGCGGACAUGAAAGAAAAAUUCAGAUGCCUACAAUCAUUAAAACAAUUGUUUUUAAACGGCCUCGACAUAAAUCAAUUGCAUAACAAUACAUUUUCAGAACUAAAGAGCUUAAAGGAACUCAGUUUGAUGGAAAUGCAAGGACGUAGCUUAAAAAUAAACCCGUUUGCAUUUAAUAGCUCUUCUUUAGAACAAUUAAGCUUUUAUAUGACUAAAGGAUUCCGUUUUUCCAAGUGGUCUGCACAAAUCGGAUUUUUUGUUCCGCAUACACUUUUCGCUCAAUGUAGGAAUAUUCUUUCUCUUGAUUUGUCACACAACGUGUUCGAUUUUACACAAAAAGCGAUUAGAGAAAUGUUCAAACCUCUACAAAAACUACAGAAUCUUUUUUUGGAAAAUUUACAAAUUAGUUAUAUUCCCAGGUACUUCCUUAACCAAUUCCCCAAGCUUAAGGAGUUUUCUAUGGCAGACAACAAGAUAGUACCAUGGGCAGAUGGUUCCUCAACGUUUAAAGGAGUUAAGGCACUACAAAGACUUAAUUUGGAGAAUAAUAAAAUUAGCAUGAUAAGUUCAAAAUCUAUACCAUCAAUAGUGCUUGAUAAUUUAAAGAAAAUUGAUCUUUCAAAUAACCAUUUCACGUGUUCUUGUGACAUAAUGUGGUUCAGAGAGUGGAUGAAAUCAACAAAGGUAAUCAUAAAAAAUGCAAAAGAAUACAAGUGUGACAACUCAGAGUUUCUGAUCAAUUACAAUCCGACUCCCGAAAACUGUAAAAAUAUCGUUUUAAUUAUUGCAGUGUCAGUUGGAUGUCUAGUCGGUAUUAUUCUAUUUGCCACAAUUAUUGUCUACUUUUGUAGAUGGCGCAUUCGUUUCCAAUUAUAUAACAUCCGAUCCCGCUAUAGAAAUUAUCACAAGCUGAAACAAAAUAAUUGUGUUUAUGCUGCAUACGUUAUAUACUGCUAUGAGGAUUUUAAGUGGAUAAAAAACAAACUUAUCAAGGAAAUAGAAAUAGAAUAUGGCUUCAAAUUAUGUAUUCCUCAUAGGGAUUUCGAACUUGGGAAAGUUUUCGCGGACAAUAUCGUUGAUCACAUGAAUUUGAGCAAAAUGGUUAUACCUGUUUUUUCUAAUAACUUUUCCAAAAAUGAAUGGUGUCUCUUUCAGCUUGAUGUGGCUCGAAGCAAACUUACUAAAGAAGGAUCAUUAACAAUUUUCCCUGUUAUGCUUGAGGAAGUUGAAUUCAAAAAUAUGAAUGCAGCAAUUUACUCGUUCAUUAAGUUAUCAAAUUAUGCAGCUUGGAGCGAAGACAGUAACGCAAAAGAACUUUUCUGGGACAAAAUCAAGGAUCAUUUAAAGAAUACUUAAGACAGAUUAUUUCAGUUUAAUUUUCAAUAGUUUAGAAUAAACAAGGUGCAUACUA